CUACGUCUUACAACUUAUAAACACUUUAAACUUUCAAGUAGCACGUCGAAACCAUGGCGGACGAAUCCACACCAAAUCCCAAGAGCGGCUACUGCCUACAAACCAAGACCUUCCACACUCUCCGGCCUCCGGUCCCACUCCCGCCACUCUCCCAACCCCUCUCCCUCACCCAGUUCACCCUCUCCCUCCUCCAAUCCUCUACCGCCGCGCCCACCACCUCCGUCCUCAUCGACGCCGCCUCCGACCGCCAUGUCUCCUACCAAACUUUCCUCGGCGAAAUCCAUUCCCUCACUCUCUCCCUCCAAUCCCUUGCUCCCUCUCUCUCCAAAGGUCACGUGGCCUUCAUUCUCUCCCCUCCUUCCCUCCACGUCCCCGUCCUCUAUUUCUCUCUCCUCGCCUUAGGCGUCGUCGUUUCGCCCGCUAAUCCAGUCGGGUCCGAGUCCGAGAUCGCCUACCAGGUCCGGCUAACCCGACCAGUCAUCGCCUUCGCCACGUCAGCAACCGCUCAGAAGCUCCCCAAGGGUAACGACAAAAUCCGCAACGUUAUACUCCUCGACUCGUCCGAAUUCCUCUCCAUGCUCGACCGGGUCGGUUCAUCCGAAACACGAUCCGACCUCCGGUUUGCAGUCAACCAGAUCGACCCGGCUACGAUUCUCUUCUCCUCCGGCACCACCGGCCGAGUCAAAGGCGUUCUCUUAACUCACCGCAACUUCAUCGCCGUCAUAGCUGGGCUCCACGCCCUUCACGAACCCGACGCGGACCUACCCAACGGCCAAGAGGUGUCGCUGUUCACGCUACCUCUGUUCCACUUGUUCGGGUUCGUCAUGGUGGUUCGGGCGGUGGCAAUGGGCGGGACCUUGGUUUUGAUGGAGAGGUUCGAUUUCGAAUCAAUGCUGAGGGCCGUGGAGAGGCACAAAAUCUCGUACAUGCCGGUAUCGCCGCCGCUGGUCGUUGCAAUGGCGAAGUCGGAGCUGGUUAAGAAAUACGAUCUCAGCUCGCUUCGGCAUCUCGGCUGUGGCGGUGCGCCGCUGGGAAAGGACGUUGUUGACAGAUUCCGUGAGAAAUUUCCCACUGUUGAAAUUGCACAGGGAUAUGGUUUGACGGAGACCGCAGGAGGGGGGGCGAGGAUGAUAGACUCCGAAGAGACUAAGUCGCAUGCUUCUGUGGGCCGCCUAUCGGAAAAUAUGGAAGCCAAGAUUGUCGACCCUGAAACAGGAGAGGCAAUGCCUCCCGGCAAGAGGGGUGAGCUAUGGCUGCGAGGUCCAUCGGUCAUGAAGGGUUAUGUAGGAGAUGACAAGGCAACUUCUGAGACCUUGGACAAAGACGGGUGGCUGAAGACCGGUGAUCUUUGUUAUUUCAAUGACGAGGGGUUCCUCUACAUUGUUGGCAGGUUGAAGGAAUUGAUAAAGUACAAGGCAUAUCAGGUACCUCCAGUUGAGCUGGAACAUAUACUUCUAUCCCAUCCUGACAUUGCCGAUGCUGCUGUGAUUCCGUAUCCGGAUGAAGAUGCAGGGGAGAUUCCCAUGGCCUAUGUGGUUAGAAAGCCCGGAAGCAACAUCACCGAGGUUCUAGUUAUGGAUUUCGUUGCAAAACAAGUUUCACCGUACAAGAAGGUACGGCGGGUAGCGUUUAUCAACUCCAUUCCAAAAUCUCCAGCAGGGAAGAUCUUGAGGAGGGAGCUAGUCAAUCAUGCUUUAUCUAGUAGUUCAUCUAAAUUAUGAUUCGUUCGUCCAAAGCAAAGGAAGAACAAAGCCUUCUCAGCAUCACAUUCCGUCCGGUGUUUAUCAUAUCAGCUCAUUCAUUGUAUGCAAUCUUUGAAUUUUCCGGUGGUGAGGAUCGGAUCAUAGUUGGGUGCCCACUUUGUUUGGGUUUACUUGUAUAUGUACACCAUUUUUCUGUGAUAUUUUAAAACCUAAACCCUUCAAGACCCUUUUUUGUUUCUUUGUAUGUACUGUGCCAUGUAAGUUGCUCCCUAUCUUAUAGCCUUCAUACAACAUUUUUAAGUAAAGCUAUUUAUAUCAUAUUUUUAUACCACA